GAGGUUUAUUGUACUAACGACUUGAAUUUUGACGCACGGCUUGAGCCAGUAUCACUGUCAAACGUGUGUUAGGAAGGAGACAGAAGAGACGACGAUGUAGUCGCCGACAACUUGAUGUCAUUCUUUACUUUCUGUUUGUUUACCUUGAAACCUGCACCGCACGGUGGGAGUCAUCAUGACCGGGGAGAAGAUCCGCACCGCUGCGAGGAAGGACCACAACAAAGCCAACAAGAAUGAAGCCAUGACGGACAUCUACGAUGAAACCAACAACGGCACCGGCUUGAAGACUAACAAGGCUUUCCAGAAGUCUCUGCGAGGCUCGGUGCUGCAGCAGCAGCAACUCAAUGCCAACAACAUCAACGAUAACGAUCAGAACAAGAACACCAUCAUCCUGACCAGCGAGGAGUCCGAGUUUCCAGUUCACGAGUGCGUGUUCACAGCAGAUGUGCGUCGGCUCUCGUCUCUCAUCAGGACCCACAGCAUCUCUCUGAAAGAUGUGCACGGAAACACACCUCUACAUCUGGCUAUAAUGAUGGGCCACAAAGAGUGUGCUCUCCUACUCCUUGCUCACAAUGCACCUGUAAAGAUAAAGAACGCACAGGGAUGGAGUCCCCUCGCAGAAGCCAUCAGCUACGGUGACAGGCAGAUGAUUACAGCAGUGCUGCGGAAGUUAAAGCAGCAGUCAAGGGAGAGUGUGGAAGAUAAGAGGCCGAAAUUACUGAAAGCUCUCAGGGAGCUCGGUGACUUUUAUCUGGAGUUGCAUUGGGAUUUUCAGAGCUGGGUGCCUUUGUUGUCCCGAAUGCUGCCAUCUGACACUUGUAAAAUCUACAAGCAGGGCAUUAAUAUCAGACUUGACACCACCCUCAUAGACUUCAAUGAUAUGAAGUGUCAGCGAGGAGAUCUGAGCUUCAUUUUUAAUGGUGAUGCUGCACCCGCCCAGUCCUUCGUGGUUCUGGACAACGAGGCAAAAGUUUACCAAAGAAUACACCACGAGGAGUCAGAGAUGGAGACUGAGGAAGAAGUGGAUAUUCUGAUGAGCAGCGACGUCUACUCUGCAACUCUGUCAACCAAGUCCAUCACUUUCUCUCGUAGUCAGAUUGGCUGGCUCUUCAGGGAGGAUAAAACAGAGAGGGUUGGAAACUUCCUGGCCGACUUCUAUUCAGUGAACGGCCUGAUGCUAGAGUCGAGGAAGCGGCGGGAACACUUGAGUGAGGAGGACAUCUUGAGGAACAAAGCCAUCAUGGAGAGCUUGAGUAAAGGAGGCAGCAUCAGUGAGCAGAACUUUGAGCCUGUGAGGAGGCAAUCUCUCACAGCUCCAGCCCCCAACACCAUUUCUUGGGAGGAGUACAUCAGCGCAGAGCGCGGAAAGCCUCCUCAUCUUGGCCGGGACCUUGUGUGUAAGGAAAGCAAAAAGAACUUCAAAGCUACUGUAGCCAUGAGCCAGGAUUUCCCUCUGGGCAUCGAGUCAUUAUUAAACGUGCUGGAAGUCGUAGCCCCGUUCAAGCAUUUCAGCAAACUUCGAGAGUUCGUUCAGAUGAAACUGCCACCUGGGUUUCCAGUCAAACUCGACAUCCCCGUCUUCCCCACGAUCACAGCGACCGUCACCUUUCAGGAAUUCCGCUACGAUGACUUUGAAGAGUCUAUUUUCUUCAUCCCUGCAGAAUACAAGGAAGACCCCUGUCACUUCCCUGAUCUCUGAACCGUUGACAUUUCUGACACAAACAGGAAAUGGCUAGCGAGGUUUGGGAGGGUGGAUCCGACGCUGAGGACGCUUGAAUCGUCUUAUUCUGUAUACAGUACAUUUGCUGUCUAAAAAGGGAGAGGAAGGGGACUGGUCUUGUCGAUCGCACAUCGUUCAUUCUGCUGAUGUAUCCAAAGCAAAGCAAUGCAAGAAGAUAUAACUGAGCACCAUCAGAUAUAUAGAUGAGUAUAGGCUGUCAUUUUUAUGAAAUGAGUGAUGCCUGCUGUUCUCUACUGUGAAAGCUGUCAAAUGAAACGGCUCGUACACCUCAUUGACUAUUUUAAUAUCUACUCUAGUCAGUGAGUGAACACUCAUUCUUAUAACUGCACUGACACCAUCAUGUAAAUAAUACAUGUCUCCUCUUUAUUUCACAACGAAAAAGAAUCACAGAUAUAGCUAUAUCUUCAAACUGAGCUUAUUCAUUUGUACGUUACAUACUCUAUAAGUAUAAAUAUAAACUCAAAAGGAGUAACACUGUGUAGCAAUACAUUUCCAGUACUUAAGAAUGUUUUUAACCAGCUGGGAUAAACUUUAGCAUAAAAACCACAUUAACAGUUCAUUAUUGAAGCCUUUUCCUUGUGCAGGACACAGUCUCCUGUGUUUUCAGGUUAGCUCAUGUUACCUCUCAACUGUCUCCAUGUUUUGUGACGAUAGUAUGAAUUCUGUGUUCGGUGUGAGUGAGUAAUUGUACUGUAUCGAGGUUUCUUCUAUGUACGUUUGUGUGGGAGAGAACCCAAACGGGGAUAUCAGGUAAACUGUUUAUCGUUUAUGACUGCACUGAUAUUUAAGGCAUGCUAUGGCUGCGUUGGCCUGUUGGAUCACAUGCAUCUUUUAAGCUAUAUUCUCUAAACUUUAGUUAUAUUACCUGCAGAUUCACUGGUAUUUAAAGACAAACUGAAAAUUGUAACACUAAGAUUUGAAACAACUUUUAAUGCUCAUAAAUGAUAUCUGUGAUGGUAGUUUGUGUAUACUUUCCUCCCCCCUCUUUUUUUUUUUUUUUUUUGGUUGGAAAUAUACACACAAAUCUAAGGAGAAGAAACUGAGCGGAGAAGUUGAUGUAGCUGGCUGUUCUACGUGUACAGACAGGAAAUGGUCUGAUCCAUUGAGCUUUUGCUGACCUCAGCUAAUAUGCACCUCAUCCAUACUUCACAUCCCUUUAAAUAAAGCACCAGCAUCACAAUUCAA